AGAAAAUCAUGCAACAUUUGAAAUGAAAACAGUUAUCUAAUGUCUUCCCUUCCCACAGCCUGACGACUCUCUGAUGGAUAAGCCUCUGAAGCUCAAGCUGAAAGAGUCGGAGAAGAAGAGGAAGCGGAAGUUGGAGCGGGCCGAGCACCACCACAUGCUGAUGGCCGCCGCCGCUGCCGCAGGUGGAGGUUCAGUGAUGGGCGAGAUGCGGCCAGGCAAGAACAAAGAGCUGAAACGGGUGGGUCUGGAAAUGGGACUUGGGAUUAAACCCAAGAAAAAGAAGCUCAAGCUCAACAUGGACAAGAACCGUGAGAUGAAGCAGAUCGCCAAGCGCUUAGUCAAGGAGGAGAAGGAGAGGAAGAGGAAGGAGAAGUUGGUGGCCAAGGCAGAGGCCAUGAGGGACGUGCUGGAGAAGAGGAAGGAGAAGAAGAUCCUCGACAUUCCCUCCAAGUACGACUGGUCCGGGGCGGAGGACUCCAACGACGAGAACGCUGUGUGCGCCGCCAAGAACUGCCAGAGACCCUGCAAAGAUAAGGUGGACUGGGUGCAGUGCGACGGCGGCUGCGGGACGCAGUUGGUUCCACCAGGUGUUGCGUUGGCAGUUACGUGCGAAAAUGGCCGGAAAACGCAGGACCUACGUCUGCCAUGGACUAGGCAUCGGCAAGGGCCGGCGGGCCCGGGGGGACUUUAGGUCACGUGAGGAGAGGUGGCGGAGGAGAGCCGCGUAGGUGCUGUCCAGCAUCCAUGUGCAGUGUGCAGAAAGCCGCCAUCAGUGGUGGGCUCGUGGUCGCACACACGCCACUCUACCUGCGCCCAGCAGCCUCAGCAUCAGCCAGAGGCCUCAGGCAGGGCAGUUAGCAUUGUACAAGGAACGAAUACUAAGACUGAGUUGAAUACUGUACCUCAGGGCACAAUGUACGACGAUGCUUAGGUGUAUGAAGAUGUGACUGUCCGGAUUAGUGAGACACAAAAGAAGGGCUAGCAUCUUAAGACGGAGGAUAAGAAUUGUCCCUGUGUGGCUUCAGGCGUAACACAAGGAUGGUAGUCGUCCUGGCAACAGGUGGUCUAGGUGUAG